AUGUGCAAGCCAGCGUUUACUCCUCCCAGGAAUCCAGUAAAGAUUGACUUCGCUGGUGUGCGAACGCUGUACUUUCAGACGAUAGUUGCUGUACCAGCUACAGUGCUCGUCGAUUCCCACUGGAAUGAGCUGGUGAAAAUCAAAGACUACAAUGACAAUAUGAAAUUCGGUGAACGUGUGAGGCGGCUCACCGAUGAUAUUGACGUCGCUCAUUAUGCGUCUAAUGAUAAAUUCAUGGUGAAGAGUCGCGAAUUCGUUGUUGGGAGAAUGAAGAAAAAGAUCGACGACGGAUUCGUUCUUGCCGGCCGAUCGUGCAACGUCGACUCGAUUCCUUCGGGCAAGGAUGCCGUCAGAGGAUUUGUUCAUGUCGCCGCUGGCUGGUACGCACCAAAUCCAGAAGAUCCAGAGAACUCGUCCAUCUACGAAUACGUGGUUUCAAUGGAUCUCAAGGGAAUGAUAGUGAAAACCGUCGCUAACCAGGCUCUCGGAAAGAUGGUUCGUGAUGAUAUGGAGAACAAUCGGAUUUACGCCCUCAAAAUGGCUGCUCGUUGA